CUUGUAGAGGAGGGGAUCAAAAAGUUAAAACAGCCAAUGAUGAAAGGUGAAGGCAGAAUCAUUUCUAACUUCAUAAUGAACAUGACUCAUUUUGGUGCUCCUUUCACUUUCUAAACCAUAAACAAGAUGGAAAAAAAUGCAGAAACCUAGCAAAUUGGCAAAGCUCCUCCCUUCUUUCCCCCCAUUUACCACCAAAUCUGUUUUAUGUCUACCUCUUGUCCUGAACUCAUGAAGGGUCCUACAAAUUCAAGGGCACUCUUCCAUUUCAAUGUUCCACCUUCCACCUCAUUAUUCCCCUUGCCUCCCACCAUUUUCCUCCUUACCACAAAUCAGGAACAACAGCUUGGCCUACUCUACUACAUGACCUCCCAACUAUGAAAACUAGCCAAAGCUCCAAACUUUUUCAAAACCCACUAACCAUAUAUCCACACACCCCAAACCCAAACCAUCAUUUGCUGAAACAUAGACCAAAAAAAGAUGCAUUUUCCUCCAAAGCUGAGAGCCCCAAAACACAUGCUCUCCCUCAAGGCACUCUGCAUAUUUCCCCUGCUGCGAGGCUGCCUGUUCGAUGGGUGCAGGGAUCACACACAAGGCUCGGGUUUCGGGACCAGAAUCUGGAACCUGAGUGACCGGCCCAUCGAGCUUCAGGUUCGAGUCGGGUCGAUCCUGAAAAAGGUUCACACUUUGAAGCCAGGGUCUUCAAAGAGACUCAAGUGCAAGAGCAUCUACAAGGCCUACAUGCCAGGUGGCGGUGGCAGAGGCGGAGGGACGAGGAACCUGCUGUAUUACUAUGAUGAGACGUGCCAGCCAUACAUAUGGGUUCAUGACACAGGUGGGGAUUUCACGAGGAUGGUGAAGCAGCAGUACUUGAGCUUGGAGGAUUUGAGGGAGUGUUGUGAGAUUAGGGUUCUUAGGGAUGAUCAGCGUGGGUGCAUUGCUGUUAGGAAGAAGCCUAGGCCGGAUUUCUGCUGA